AUGGUGGAUUACUACGAAGUGCUGGGCUUGCAGAGACAUGCCUCACCUGAGGACAUUAAAAAGGCGUAUCGAAAACAAGCACUUAAAUGGCACCCGGACAAAAAUCCUGAGACUAAAGAAGCAGCAGAGCGGAAAUUCAAACAAGUAGCUGAGGCCUAUGAAGUGUUAUCGGACACUAAAAAGCAGGACAUCUAUGACAAAUACUGCAAAGAAGGAUUAAAUGGUGGUGGAGGAGGAGGUGGAAGUCAUUUUGACAGUCCAUUUGAGUUUGGCUUCACAUUUUGGAACCCAGAUGAUGUCUUCAGGGAAUUUUCUGGUGGAAGGGACCCAUUUUCAUUUGACUUUUCAUUUUCAUGGGACUAUGAAGACCCAUUUGAUGACUUUUUUGGAAACCGAAGAGGUCCCCGAGGAAGUCGAAGCCGAGGUGCCGGCUCCUUUUUCAAUGCCUUCAGUGGAUUUCCUUCCUUCGGAAGUGGAUUUCCUGCUUUUUAUACAGGCUUUACUCCAUUCGGGUCACUAGGUCACGGGGGUCUCAUCUCAUUCUCUUCAGCCUCAUUUGGCGGCAGUGGAGUGGGCAACUUCAAAUCAAUAUCAACGUCAACUAAGAUAGCUAAUGGCAAAAAAGUCACUACAAAGAGAAUUGUGGAAAACAGUCAAGAAAGAGAAGUUGAAGAAGAUGGACAGUUAACAUCAUUGACAAUAAAUGGUGAGGACUACCUGCUAUGCUUGGAUAACAAGUCAUUCAACGCACGAAUUUACCAGAAAUGCUAA